AUGGCUCAAGUCAAGAUACUGAAGCGAUCCCAAAACGCGGUCCAAUGUUCCAGCUGCAAACAGCGCUAUGACACGAUUGACUUGUUGGACCAACACCUGGAAACAUCAUCGACGGGACGUCGUAUCUGUCCCAGGACCAAGGCGCCGGCUUUGAUCGUUUGUAUCGGCUGCGAACGCGACUUUCCCAGUGUUCAAGAACUUGGAUCCCAUGUCCGAAACUCUUUCUUACACAACCCAGAGCUCUCUCAACCCACUGGUCGAGCUGUUUAUGUUGGUCGACUUCCUGCCAACGUCAGAGAGCAAGACAUUGUCAACACACUAUUCAAGGGCUUUAUUGUGUGGGUGACCUCAAACACGCUCUCUGUCUGCAUGAACAAACAAUACUGA